AUGAAGGAGAAACGCUCGGAGAAUGAUGAAAAAGAUGACCAACCUCCGGCAAAAAAGGUCAAGACCGAAGAAACGGAGGACAGUGUGCCGCGAAGCGAGAAUGGACGCGGCAAGGACGACAGCGGCUCUGAGAGACCAGAAGACUCGAAAACGCAUGGCGAGAAACAAGGCCGGAAACGGAAGCGGGUACGAGUGAAGAAACUCCGACAAGAUAUCAGCAAGCAACUGGAGUUCUACUUCUGUGACGCGAACCUCCGCAAAGAUCGCUAUAUGAAGGAACUCGUCGCCGCGGGACAAGAAGGCUGGGUAAAGGUCGAGGAAUUCCUGAAAUUCAACAAGAUAAAACUCCUUCUCGAGAAGAAAGGGAUCGAUGUGACCGAGGUUGCAAGAGCCGCUAAGGAUUCGCAACUGUUGGAAGUGAGCGAAGACCUGACGAGGGUCCGCCGAAAUUUGGAGAAGUUCCCGGUCGUGGAGAAGGAUCAAGCCCUCGUGGAUGACUGCACUAUCUACGUACAGGGUCUACAGCAGUCCAUGACAAUCGAAUCGAUAAGGAGUUUGUUCUCCGAGUUCGGUAUGGUGGAAUAUGUUUCUCUACCUCGACGGAGCACUGGUGAUCAUAAAGGCUUCGCUUUCGUGGAGUUCGCUGAGAAAACGGGAGCGGAGAACGCUUGUAAGUUCCAUAAUCUUCGAACGGGCGGCACCGGUAUCCACCUCGCAGCCGACGACGACAGGACGACUAACUCCACGAAAAACGAAUCGACGCCGAUUAUAAAAGUGCUGUCAAAAAAAGAAUGGGCACAAUACAAACAGCAAUACUUGGAAUUGCGCAAAGAGAGUGCGAAGAUGACCAAGAAGCUCCUGAGUACAUUCGCAUCGUCCGCGAGCGCAGAUGGGGAUCGGAGGGAAAAUGGACAUCGGAAUGGAGAUUGGCCCGAAGCAGGGAAAGGAGGCGAAUCGAGUAGAUCGAAGGAGAUUCAUGAUGCAGGUUCAUUCGGGGAUGAUGAUGCGAAGGAUGAUCCAAAAGAGCGCGCCGAAGACAAUCGGGUGCAUGACAAUGAUGAAAACAAGGCGGUCCCGCGCGACCUCCCUCAAUUCAUCGAAGGGUGCAUUGUGAAGCUUGAAGCUGAAAGUCCUCUACUCAAAAGUGCCAAGACUGCACUCAGGGAAAUCCCCAACGUUGCGUAUGUGGACUUGAUGGAAAACGACCCUAUCGCGUAUUUGAGGUUCCCGACUGCCGAAGCGUCUCAAACUUUCAUCGAGAGCAACGUCGAGUUGACAGUCGUCAAAAUAAAAUGUAAAACCAUUUUGAGCGGACGAGAGGAGCAGCUGUACUGGGAGAGAGUCGAAUUCAUGCGCGUCAAGAAGAGAGGACGCGGGAGAGAGAAACUAAGAGGCAGAGAGAAGCUUCAAGUUCGUUAUGAGAAACACGUCGCCAUCCAAGAAGAAAGGAAGUUGAAUAAGAAGAUAGUUUUCCAAGACUGA